AUGUUUCUCAGAGGCUACGCGAAUCCUCUGCUGAACAUGACUUCAUUCAAAAGUCAACGAGUAGUUGAAAACGGCUUCAUGCCAACAUUUAAAGUCCAGGGCCAGGUUUACCACCUUGCAGGUAGUCUUCUUCCACAAGUUCCUGACGACCAUAAGUUUUUGCAGAUAUAUUUUAUUUCCGAUCCUGAAGUUCAAGCAACGACUCGAUGUAAUAUUAGUAAUAGUAAUUCAAGAACACCACUUGAUAACUCUAUAGUCAGGUCAUUGCAAAACAUGUUGCAUUUGCAUAAUAGAUACGUACAAUCUUUUAAAACUGCAAUGGAAAGUAUCUCUCUCGAUGUCCCAGAUUACAAUGUAGUAAUUCAUGCCAGCAGGGUACCUGACGGUGAACACCGUGGACGGUAUAAUGCUCCUUCUACCAGUGAAGUAGCAGUUGUCAUUGCUGGACAACAAUUUGACAAAAGGGAUAUCGUUCUUCGAAGCCGCGACGAAAAUCUCCACAAAAUUUCCGAACUACAUCGUUCAUAUGACAGUCUUCAAUAUCCAUUGAUGUUUUGUCGAGGUGAAGACGGAUACACAAUUGAUAUUCCCCAAGUUAAUCCUUCUACAGGAGACAGAGUACAGAAGAAAGUUUCAUGUAUGAAUUAUUAUUGCUAUCGUUUAAUGGAACGCCAUAAUCAUUAUAAUGUUUUACUAAGGUACGGAAUGUUACUGAAUCAAUAUGUUGUAGAUCAGUAUGCUAAACUAGAAUCAGAACGUUUAGCUUUUAUACGAAAUAACCAAACACAAUUACGCGCAGAAAAUUAUAUACACUUACAGGAUGCUUUACAUUCUAAUGAACACACGACAAACAAUAUUGGGCAGCUGGUAAUAUUACCGUCAUCUUUUACUGGCGGACCAAGAUACUUACACGAAAAAACUCAAGAUGCCAUGACCUAUGUCAGGAAUUACGGGAAACCUGACCUCUUCAUUACUAUGACCUGUAAUCCUAAUUGGAAAGAAAUAAAAGAUAAUCUGCAUUCCACCGCAACACCUCAAGACCGAUAUGACAUUUUAAAUCAAUUACCAGACCAAGACGAAGACCCAACAUUGUAUGACAUCGUGGUAAGGAAUAUGACUCACGGACCCUGUGGAGCUUUAAACCCUAACUCGCCAUGCAUGCAUGAGGGAAAAUGUUCAAAAAAAUUCCCAAAACCAUAUCAGAGUCAAACUUCAACUGGUGAUGAUGGCUAUCCAAAGUAUAGAAGAUUAUCACCAGAGGAAGGAGGACGCAAGGCUGCUAUUCGUAAUUACGAAAUUGAUAACAGAUGGGUAGUGCCUUACAAUAAACUAUUAUUAAAAAUUUUCGAGGCGCAUGUUAAUGUAGAACUUUGCAGUUCCGUGAAAUCAAUAAAAUAUGUCACUAAAUACAUCAAUAAAGGAAGUGACCAGGCUACGUUUAGUUUACAUUCUACAAAUGAAGUAGAACAAUUUCAAUCUGGCCGCUACAUUUGUAGUUCUGAAGCACUAUGGCGGAUUAUGUCCUUCAAUAUUCAUGAAAGAGCACCAACUGUCACACACCUCGCUGUUCAUUUAGAAAACGGACAGCGGGUGUAUUUCACUGAAAAUAAUGUAAAUGACAUUGUGAAUAAUCCAAGAGAUACUACUUUAACAGCGUUUUUCAAACUAUGUGCAGAGGACGACUUCGCAAAAACUCUGACCUACGACAAGGUGCCUGCCUAUUAUACCUGGAAUCAAAAUACGAAAAAAUUCCAACGACGAAAGCAGGGGGCGGUAGUUCUCGGGUACCCUGGCGUGAGAAAAACAGAUGCUCUUGGAAGGGUGUACGUGGUACACCCUAAUAAUGAGGAAUGUUUUCAUUUGCGGUUGUUACUCCACGUUAUAAAAGGCCCUACUUCGUUUAGAAGUCUCUGCACUUUUGAAGGUGUAACUUACGACACAUUCUAA